AUGGCUGCUGCGGACGGUGGCGUUGACGGCCAACCGGCCGACGACAAUAGCGUGCUGCCCGAGCACUCGGCAAGUCAAAUAGGGGAUGAGGCGAAACCCGCCGACGCAAUCCAGAAGGCUUUGGACUGCAUCAAGGCGGAAAGCUCCAUCGCUAAGGCGUCCCGAUCGUUGGCAACAACCCUGGAGCGAUCCGUGGUGGCUGCCGGAGCAGGUAAAAGCGAAGUUGACUGCUACCAGCUGGGCUUUGAGGAGCAGGAAAUAACUACGCGGCUACCGUCCCCGCUGGAACAGCCACACCCAUUUCGAGUGUCCUGGCGAGAAGUCAAUCAGCCGAGAACAAACGACGGAGUCGUCGACGAACUUUGGGCAACAGUGCUGUUAGUUGUGGAAGACCAACCAGCUUGGGUUGUGACCUGCAACAGGGUGCAUUCCAGUGAUGUCACCGUUGCUGAAGGAUUGGACGCUGUGCUACAGGCUGCUGCUUCAUUGGUACUGCCAACUGAUAUUCGUGGACUCGCUCUUGCCACGGGAUUGUCGAGCGCAUUGUAUAGUGCGCCAAAUGAUAGUGCGGCUGCUCUUACAACACUCGCUGGAUCAUCUCUUGCAGUGGAAGUGAUUUUGAUCUUGGUUCAAAUGGUGCAGAUGCUGCGCGCUGCAGCACUACGCAAAUUCGUUUCAGAUCGGCAUCCACAGGCUGUGGUGGCAUGGCAAUGGCACUUGUUAGUUUUUGACCGGAGUGCGCUUUUCUCCUCGUUACGUGCUGCAGUCAAGUCGAUGCCCGCCCAUAUUCUAUCCUCCUCCUGCCUCACCCUUGUCACUCAACUCCGCCACAUCCUCCUCGAGCUUGAUAAGGACGCUGGGUGUUCGGCAGGGCGCCGCCUGCCUCCUCCCGCGGAUGUAUUCCUUCCCAGUGGGGGCCCGCUGGCCUGGUGCUCGGUUGACUCGCGCAUGGUCACUGGUCCCAUCCGUGCGCAUGUGCGCUCCCUACUCCGCAGGCAGAGCACGGCCGCGUGGAGCCAAUGCGCAGUUCAGGGGCUCCUGCCCCGUGUGGCGAAGCAUGUUUUCUGCCCGUCCCUUGACCCCUCUCUGUACUUAGACUUGCUGUGCUCCUUCCCCAGCCCUUGGGUUGCUUGGUGUCUGACACCCAUCGGACUCGCUCCCUCUGGACCUGUCUGCGAUGGUCUACCGGCUCCAUCGGGCCACAGCGGGUUCUUGGACUGA